AUGCAAUAAUAAGAUAAGAGAUUGAGCUAGGCAUUUCCUCCAAACUCUUAAAGUAACUCUAGUUACAUUGCUGAGAUACACAAUGUGUUAGCAACCAUUAAGAUAGAUGAUAUAGGAUUUAAAGAUAUCAAAUUUAGAAAUGUUCAAACCAAGAGAGAUAUAGCACAACUUAAAUAACUGUAAUUAGAAUGGUUCCCUAUCGAUUACAGCGAAUAAUUUUACACUGCUGUUUUGAAUGGAGUUAAUUCCUCUCUAAUAGCAGAGAUCGAAAUAAAAUUCCAUACAGGCAGAAAGGAAAGAUUCAUUAUUGGUGCUAUGAUUUUUUAGUAACGUCACAGCAAAUCAAAAUAUUUAUAAACCCAGACAUGGAAAUAAUGGUUUUGCUCAUUGUUUUAAACGAAAAAUGCGCUUUACAUCAUGACAAUAGGAGUUAUCAAUGAAUUUAGGGGGAGAGGGAUUGCUGACUACAUGCUUGACUAGUUAAAGAAGAGAGUUUUAGAGUCCAAUAAGACACUUAAUUACAUCUAUCUAGACAUGAUUGUUUAUAAUGAGAUAGCAUCUAGGUUUUAUCAAAAGAAUGGGUUCAUUUGUGUUAGAGUUAAAAAAAACCACUAUGAGAUAGAGAAUCAAUUAUUCGAUGCUCAUGUAUAUGUCUGGUUACCUAAUUGA